AGCGUCGCGUCUCAAUCUCUCGGGGUGGAUCACCCCGUCCGCGUCGCGCGGUGGAGAAAACGGAAACUGUGUUAAUUCUCUGACUGGAUAGAGAAAGGCAGGGAAAGAGAAAGGAACUGUGAAGUCCUCACCUCGAGUCGCAAUACUUUUUUUCUCCGUCGAAUGGAGAAGCCGGAGUCCUCCGCGGAGGGGGGCGAGAGCACCGGGGAGCUCGAGGACCGGGAUCCCAACAGCCUGAAUCAGCAUCUUCAGGUGAUGUGGGACGACGUGAUCGGCGAGCCGGAAGGGAUCCGGAGCCCCGAGUGCGCCUGGCGGCUCAGCGGCCACUGCUUCCGGCUCUCCAGGGGAUGCUGCUACGUGCUCCUGUCCGUCCUCAUAGCACCUCUGUUCGCCCUGCUUUUGGGCUUCACGUUCGCCUGCCUCGCGUUCCAGCAUAUAUGGUGCAUCGCGCCGUGCCUACGCGUGUGGAAGAUCACGUGCGCGGCAGCGCGAAAUUUCCUGUCGGCGGUGACGCAGGCGAUCAUACGGCCGGUGAUGGAGGGGUUGGGUUACCUCUGCUACAACAUCCGCGUGUUCAAUCAGAGGCUACCGGACGGCCCGAUGCAGAAGGAGGACCUGCUGGUCGUGUAAUCCGGCGAUCCCUGCAGCUCCGACCCCUCGGCCGCCCCGUCGCCGUGCCGGAUUUGUCGCGCGCGCGACAGCGGCCUUCCGCUUGUCGCGUCAGUUUCCGCGUCCUUCACGAACGCAAGCAGAUCGCCGCGACGCGUUGCGGUCGCGCAAGCCGUGCUGGGCGGUAGUGCUGUUAGCGUUGUUAGAGUUAAGCGACGAGAGAGAGGAGGUGUUUAAUUAAGCUUAGGGAUAAUCCGCGAGACGCGACGCGUCCAAACGCGGGAUAUAUCACGAGCGAAACACGCUAUAAUUUGUUGUGUAGGAUAAGGUGGCGCAAUUUCGAACACGGUACAAUUCUGAACGAAAUAACAUUUGAAUCGAAUUCAUGUUUGAUAAUUCCGAUCUUAUUAUAUGUGGAGGGAUACUAUAGAAACGAAAAUUGGAUUCGAAUCUUAUUUCGUGCGGAAUUGUACCGCGUUGUGAAACUACACCCACCUUAAGCGGCGUCUCUACAAUGAGACUUGAAACUUAAAAUUCAAAAAAAUUGACAAAUCAUAAUCGGUUAUUCAUCUCACGUGAGAAGAAUGAUCGAUUGUGAUUUAUCAAUUUUCUUAAAUCUUAAGUCUUAAAUCUCAUAUUGUAGACACCGCUUUACGCUACGUAAAUAUCUUAGUAUGCGAGCGACGCCGACGGUCUUAAGACGGGCGAGGAGGAUACCGCGACAUGCGCGCAUCGCUCCUGGUAAUCGGGGCAGUAUAUUUUUACAGCUCUCGGUCACAUAAUGUCGCGUCAAAGAAUUUUUUUUCCGUUAAACUGUCUGCAAUAUAGCGUGCAACCGGCCGCCUGUUAAGUGUGUAAAGAUCUUGCCGCGUGUGCCGACCUUGUAGGGAGUAUAAUAAUUUUAAACUCGUGCGCAUGUCUCCGGGGUGGACGCAGAUCGGGAGUUAAGGAGCUCGAGUAGCCAUUAGGCUUUAUAGUCGAUACUUCACGCGGGUCGGCCUUUUUGCUGCGCGUGUCCACCUUUUGUCUCGUCCGCUCUUGAAUCCCGAGACGAAGAAGACUCGAUGUCGCACUUCAACAGGCGCGGGGAUGAAUUAUUCGCGUGGGAAGGGAUCUGAAUACGCGUGCGGCCGUCGGGUGUGCGUUCGCCGUUCAAUAAAAUACUAAUCUAAAAUAUCAAUUGAAAUUCUAAUCUAAUUGAGAAUGUAAAUUAUUAAUGUAAAUUGUUAACGAAAAAAAUGCAUACAAGGAAAGCAAUAAUUA